GGCCAGGCUAGCUUUUGUACGGCCAUAGCGGUGCGAGCGGAGCACCAGGGCACGCACAAGUCCACGCAAGACCACCAGCUUUAACUACAUUUCUUGACCGACAGAAGUUUCAAACCGCGACGGCCAUGGCAGCCAUGGCAGCCAAGCCACUCGCCCGCCGCAGCACAGCCUUCGGCGUCUCCGACGUCAUCAUCGGCACGAGCCCCCUGGGCGGCAUCGGCACGUCCAUAAGCGACGCCGCCGCGGCAGCGAUCGUCGAAAAAUGCGUCGCCACGGGCUUCCGGGACUUCGACACGGCACCUCUGUACGGCUUAGGCAAGGCCGAGGAACGGCUAGGCGAAGGUUUAAGGAGAUCCGGCAAAGCAGCACAAUGCCGCGUCUGGACGAAAGUAGGGAGACUCAUCCGGACGACGGAGAACGUGGCGGAUCCCGACGACGUCGAGGAGGCCAACGUGCCCGGAAAAGGCAUCUAUCUCGAUUCGCCGAAGGACGCGCGGCCCGUGCAGGACUACUCGUGGAACGGCGCGUUCUUGUCGUAUGACGACUCCGUGAGACGAUUGGGUGAAAAUAUUAAAAUUUGCGGGCUGCGGUGCCACGACCCCGAGACGAAGCUGCUCGAGUCCCUCGCGGUCUGUACGGGCGGCAGUCUGGAGGGGCUGAGCGCGCUGCGGCAGCGCCACGGCACGGAGGUAUCCAUAGGCUUAAAUGAUGCGGACGUCGCAUUACGAUUGCUGCAGGCCGUCCAAAGCGGGACGCAGGCACUUAGAGUGGACUCGGUCAUGCUCGCGGGGCGAUGGCAUCUCCUCGACCAGACGGGCGCGGAGGUCUUCAGGUAUUGUGCGGAGCACUCGAUAGCAGUACACGUCGCCGGCGUCUACGCGUCCGGUUUGCUCGCGGGCGGCGCGUUGUAUGAAUAUCGGAAACCGUCGAUGGCCGAAAAGAAGCGGCUGCAGUCCUGGGCGGCGCUCUGCGCCGAGCACGCCGUAUCCCUCAAAGCGGCGGCGCUGGCCUUCGCCUUCCUGCCGGCCUGUGUUUCGAAAGUCGCGGUCGGCCUCGCGGCGGCGCCGCUCGUCGCGGAGACGGUCGCGCUGCUCGCGGAAGCGAAGGCGGUUCCCUUGGAGUUGUGGAGGGAUGCUGUCGCGAAGGGGCUGCUGCCGGAGGGGCUUGUCGAGGGGUUGUAAGUUUUUUCAAGUUU